AUGCGGGCUGAGGGGGGCGACGGCCUGGAGCGCUUCGGCAGCCCGGGCAAGGGCCGGGGGCUGCGCGCCCUGCGGCCCUUCCAGGUGGGGGACCUGCUCUUCUCCUGCCCGGCCUACGCCUGCGUGCUCACGGCCAACGAGCGGGGCAACCACUGCGAGCACUGCUUCGCCAGGAAAGAAGGAUUGUCCAAAUGUGGAAGAUGCAAGCAGGCAUUUUACUGCAAUGUGGAGUGUCAGAAAGAAGACUGGCCCAUGCACAAGCUGGAAUGUUGUGCCAUGGUUGUUUUCGGGGAAAACUGGAACCCCUCCGAGACCGUAAGGCUCACGGCGAGGAUCCUGGCCAAACAGAAAAGCCACCCGGAGAGAACACCUUCAGAGAAACUCUUAGCCGUGAAGGAGUUUGAAUCGCAUUUGGAUAAAUUAGACAAUGAGAAGAAGGAAUUGAUUCAGAGUGACAUUUCUGCUCUCCAUCACUUCUACUCCAAGCACCUCGAGUUUCCCGACAACGAGAGCCUGGUGGCACUCUUUGCACAGGUUAACUGCAACGGCUUCACCAUUGAGGAUGAAGAACUGUCUCAUUUGGGAUCAGCAAUAUUUCCCGAUGUUGCGUUGAUGAAUCACAGUUGCUGCCCCAACGUCAUUGUGACCUACAAGGGGACCCUGGCGGAAGUCAGAGCCGUCCAGGAAAUCGGCCCAGGAGACGAGAAGACAGGAACGACCGGCUGCGAGACUCUUACUUCUUCACCUGCGAGUGCCGGGAGUGCACCACCAAGGACAAGGAUAAGGCCAAGGUGA